AUGGCGGCAAAAAUCGAGGGCGCUCUGGUUAAAGGAGGGGAUUCGAAUACCAAGUUUUUCCACAGGGUGGUGGUUACAAACCGAAGGAGAAACUUCAUAGAGUCCUUCGUUGUGGAUGGGGUGAGGAUUGAGGGAGAGGAGGAGUUCAACCACAUAGAGGAGGGAGACAGUGAGUGGCUAGAAAGGGCUUUCGAGGAGAAGGAGGUGUACGAGGCUGUGUCGAGUUGUGCUGGUGACAAGGCCCUCGGGCCUGAUGGUUUCUCCUUGGCCUUCUUCCAGCUCUGUUGGGACACCAUCAAGGGGGAGUUGAUGGAAGCCAUUGAAUACUUCCAUGUGAAUGGUGUUUCCGAGAGAAGUAUCAAUGUUUCUUUUAUUACUAUUGUGCCUAAGAAAGAAAGUGCAUUUUGUAUCAGAGACUACAGGCCUAUUAGUCUCGUGGGGAGCAUCUACAAGAUUAUUUCCAAAGUGCUUUCCAACAGACUUAAGAAGUUCUUGACGGGACUGUUUCGUCCUCCCAGAAUGCGUUUGUGGAAGGUAGACAGAUCUUGGAUGCUGCUUUGGUGCCUGUGUGGUUUCUAUGGUAGCUCCACAGGUCUCAGGCAAGGUGACGUCCUAUCCCCCAUGCUACUCAUUCUAGUGAUGGAUGCUUUGAGUAAAAUGAUGGAUCAUGCGGCGUGCGGAGGCUUCUUGAGAGGAUUCUCAACUCCGAUCGGGGUGCUCAGUGCCCGAAGAGUAUCUCAUUUGCUCUUUGCGGAUGACACCCUGGUUUUCUGUGAUGCCAAUAUGGAUCAGUUGACCUACCUGAAGCAGGUCCUGCAAUGUAAGGUGGGCUUCCUCCCCACUACUUACCUGGGUCUCCCAUUGGGCGCGUCGCAUAAGGAUACUACGAUUUGGAAUUCAGUGAUCGAAAGGGUUGAAAAAAGAUUAGCAGGCUGGCAGAAACGGUAUUUGUCAAAAGGCGGUAAGGAAGUGCUUAUUAAAAGCACUUUAUCGAGUAUGUCCACCUAUUACUUGUCCAUGUUGCAAGCUCCGGUAAGCAUCACAGAAAAAUUGGAGCGACUUCAAAGGAAUUUUCUUUGGGAUGCGGUGGAUGGAACUAGAAAGUUUCAUCUAGUGAAUUGGCAGACAGUCACUUCCCCAAAGAAGUGGGGUGGACUUGGAGUAAAAGAUCUUAGGGUAUUCAACAGAGUUUUAUGGGGGAAAUGGCGGUGGAGAUUCCGGGUAGAAGAGCAUGCCCUAUGGAGGGAGGUCAUAGUAGAAAAGUACGAUUCCAUGGGAGGGGGUUGGAGGACCAAGGCAAUCAUAACACCUUUCGGGUGUGGCAUGUGGAGGAGCAUCACGAAGAAUUGGGAAGCAUUCAGUGGUAACAUCACUUACAGGGUAGGAGAUGGGAGGAAAAUCAACUUUUGGAAUCAUAGGUGGUGUGGAGAGGAUACUCUGAGGGUCUCCUUCACUCACGUCUUCAGAGUUUCAAAUCAGAAGGAAUUGAUGGUCCAACAGAUUUGUAAGGAGCAUGGAGGGGGUUUAGUAUGGGACCUCUCAUUUAGAAGGAACAUGCAAGAUUGGGAGACUGCGGAGCUCCAAGAUUUGUUGACACUGCUAUAUGGGCAAGACAGGCCCCAACCACUCUUGGAGAUAGGGUUUGCGUGGUGA